ACCACAAACGAUUCAAUGAAAAGAUCGAUUCACUAUUCCACAGCGCAGAGGAUUGCUGCUGCAUUCGCUUUUACACCAUCUCAUUCAGACACCUGCAUCGCUCUCAUUUUGUGAAACGUCUGCAUAUAUCUUCAUAUAAAAGUGUCGAAGAGGUCAUUUGAAGAUGUUGGCGUGCACUGAGAUGAUCACGAUGUGUCUGCAGUCGGCGAAGCGCGAGCAUCUGCGCUCCACGCAGCAUCAGCACCAGAUGCAGGAUGCGGCUCACGGGCUGUCCAUCUUUCACGACAUUUUCCGUCGGGCUGACAAGAAUGAUGAUGGGAAACUGUCCUUCGAGGAGUUUAAAGCUUACUUCGCAGAUGGGAUUUUAACCACCGAUGAGCUGCGAGAACUUUUCUACUCCAUCGAUGGACGCCAAACAAAUAACCUCGAUACAGGCAAACUCUCAGAUUACUUUUCUCAGCAUCUUGGGGAAUAUCUGGAUGUUCUGUCUGCGUUAGAGAAGCUCAACGUGGCCGUUCUAAAGGCAAUGGACAAGACCAAAGAGGAGUAUCAAGAAUCGUCGGUUCUGGGUCAGUUUGUGACCCGUUUCAUGUUGCGUGAGACAUCUAGUCAGUUGUUGUCUCUCCAGAUGUCACUGCAAUGUGCCAUGGAGGCUGUGGAGGCACAAAGCAGCACCAGCCCGGUGGAGGUUAAAGUCGUGGAUCAUCUGGUGGCGAUGCAGAAGAACAACAGAAGAUGUGGCCGUCGAGUGCAGAAGAACAUGUGUCUGUCUCCCACUGACCCGUACUCGGGCAUUCUCACCACAGGUGUUACUGUAGAUACAGAUGAACACUGGUGUUCUCAAAUCAACAGACUUCAACAACUCAUCGACAAGCUGGAGGGCCAGAGUCCAAAGUUGGAGCCUUUGAGAGAAGAUCCACUGGCCAGCACGUACAAAUCUAACAUUCUGCUGGUUCAGAGGCAGAUGACGGUUCUAGAGAACGAUCUAGAAGAGUUUCAGAAGGCCUUGAAGGGUUACGGCGAUUCCACCUCCAAUCAAAAUGACAAUCUACAUGUAUCUAUUCAGAAGCUGCCAGAGAAAAGCUGUUACAUCAUCUAUGAGUUUUGGCAGGACCGUAUCUCCUGGAUGAGUUAUCUGCAGUCUGACAGCAGUAAGAUGUUCCAGCGUUGUAUUAUAGACAUGCUGGAGGAUCCAGAGGUUGUGUCCACUAUGCUGAUGCCCGCAUCCUGGUGGAUCAUGACAAACAACUAACACCAACAAAAAAUCACUUCACUGAAUCUGAGCCGUAAAACUGAUCCUUAUGUGAAUUAAUAACUGUAAAGAAACGCCCACAAACGUGUUUUAUAGAUCAUGUUCUGCCUGUAUUUGACUUCACCGGCUAACAUGUUAAACAGGGUCGUGCAUUCAGAACGGAUCUCACAAUGCCUUUUUGUUUGAAUUCAGGUUGCGCAGAAUUGUGGGAAAAAAGUAGAAUUGAAAAGGAAUUAAAUUCAAAGAGAUUGACGGGAAUUAAAUUUCCAAAAGCAAUGUGGGUCAGAGUGUUUUGAUGGCUGUGCUGUUUAUUUUUGUUUUUAGUUAAUGAAGUAAUCAUUUUACGUGUAGUGGAACUCGUUUUUUUUGUGUGACUGUUGAAUUUCCUUGGAUUCCGAUUCACUCGAUUCCUUCCUGUCAUUCCAGUUCCAUUUCCUAAUGGUGUGACCAAUUCACAAUCAAACUGAAUGGGGGAAAAAAAGAAACCAGUUUUAAUUUUUUGUGCAGCCGUGAUGUUAACGGGCAUGGUUGUAAUAUUUCUCGCAUGUCUAGAAAAUCAAAGCAUUUUUUUGCUUCAUGCAGUGAAGCAUUAUGAAGUGAUAAAACAAUUCUCUGGGUAAAAUAUUGACUGAAGAAACUUCAAGGCUGUGUAUAUACUUGUGAAUAAUGAGUCAAAUAUGAGCAUCCGUGGAUAGCAUAAGGACUGCUGCAUGCUAAUAGAAGAUGUGCUGCCUGGUGUCAGUCACAGAGGAUUUCAAACAUCAUUUCUGAAAAUGACAUCUGACAUAAUCCAGUCUGUGACUAGAGUAGACUUCAAGGAUAAAACUUCUUGUGUUUAUUUUCACCCUGAUAAGACACUAGUUUGACUUCAUGUUGCUUGAUUCGUGUGAAAAUCGCACUGUAUUGUUUAUGCAUCUGAACCAAAUCUUUUCGUCUUUUGAAUGAAAAUAAAAGUGAAAAUAAGAUUGUG